CAGUGUGGAAAGAGUUUGACAAGCAAACAGGUUCUUGAUGUUCACAUGAGAGUUCAUACUGGAGAGAAACCAUUCACUUGUGAUCAGUGCGGGAAUAGUUUCAUUCAAUCAUCAAGCCUUAAGAAACACAUGAACAUCCACACUGGAGAGAAACUUUAUAAGUGUUCACACUGUGACAAGUGAAUCAGUCAGUCAGCAAAUCUGAAAAUACAUGAGAGGAUCUACACUGGAGAGAAACCUUACACUUGUGAUCAGUGUGGGAAGAGUUUCAAUUGAUCAUCACAACUUAAGAUACAUAUGAAUAUUCACACUAGAGAGAAACUGUGCACAUGUGAUCAAUGCGGCAAAACAUUUUUGAGAGCUUCAGACCUGAAGAAACACCUGAGAGUUCAUACAAAGGAGAAGCAACAUUCAUGUUAUUUGUGUGGAAAGAGUUUUUCACAUUUUUCAACUUUGAAAGAACAUCAGAAAAUACAUACUGCUGUGAGAGAGAACAUGUGCUUUGAGUGUGAAAAGACUUUUAAUUUAGCGAGCCGUUUAAAACUGCAUGAGAGGAUCCACUCUGGAGAGAAACCUUACAAGUGUUCACACUGUGACAAGAGAUUCAGUCAGUCAGGAAAUCUGAAAACACACGAGAGGAUCCACACUGGAGAGAAACCUUACAAGUGUUCACACUGUGACAAGAGAUUCAGUCAGUCAGGAAAUCUGAAAACACACGAGAGGAUCCACACUGGAGAGAAACCGUAUCACUGCACUGCAUGUGGCAAGUGUUUCAAUCAGUCAUCUUCUCUACACAGACAUACACAAAAACAUUCACAGUAAGUAUUCAAGAUUCAGCUGAGAUUCUGAU